CAGCCCCCCGCCGCGCGCCCUCCUUCCCCGGCCCGCAGCCCCUGCCCACGCGGGGCCCGCUGGGCCGCCCCGUCGCGUCCCCAGCUCUGAACUCAAGUCACCGUGGAGCGCCGCCGCCGCCGCCCCGCAACUUUCACCGCGAGCUGGAAAUAUGGGAUGUAUAAAAUCAAAAAGGAAAGACAAUCUGAAUGACGAUGGAAUAGAUUUGAAGACUCAACCAGUACGUAAUACUGACCGAACUAUUUAUGUGAGAGAUCCAACGUCCAAUAAACAGCAAAGGCCCGUUUCAGAAUCUCAGCUUUUACCAGGACAGAGGUUUCAAACUAAAGAUCCAGAGGAGCAAGGAGACAUUGUGGUAGCCUUGUACCCCUAUGAUGGCAUCCACCCAGACGACCUGUCUUUCAAGAAAGGAGAGAAGAUGAAAGUGCUAGAAGAGCAUGGAGAGUGGUGGAGAGCCAAGUCGCUCUCCACAAAGAGAGAAGGCUUCAUCCCCAGCAACUACGUCGCCAAAGUCAACACCUUGGAAACAGAAGAGUGGUUUUUCAAGGAUAUAACCAGGAAAGACGCAGAGAGGCAGCUGCUGGCGCCGGGGAACAGCCCUGGAGCUUUUCUCAUCAGAGAAAGUGAGACAUUAAAAGGAAGUUUCUCUCUGUCUGUCAGAGACUAUGACCCCGUGCAUGGUGAUGUCAUUAAGCACUACAAAAUUAGGAGUCUGGACAAUGGCGGUUAUUACAUCUCUCCACGAAUCACUUUUCCUUCUAUCAGUGACAUGAUUAAGCAUUACCAAAAGCAGUCAGACGGCCUGUGCAGGAGACUGGAGAAGGCGUGCAUCAGCCCCAAACCACAGAAGCCCUGGGAUAAAGAUGCCUGGGAGAUCCCUCGGGAGUCCAUUAAGUUGGUGAAGAGGCUCGGUGCUGGGCAGUUUGGGGAAGUCUGGAUGGGUUACUAUAACAAUAGUACCAAAGUGGCUGUCAAAACCCUGAAACCAGGCACUAUGUCUGUGCAAGCGUUCCUGGAAGAGGCAAACCUCAUGAAGACCCUUCAGCACGACAAGCUGGUGAGACUGUAUGCUGUGGUCACCAAAGAGGAGCCCAUCUACAUCAUCACCGAGUACAUGGCCAAGGGCAGUUUGCUGGAUUUCCUGAAGAGUGACGAAGGGGGCAAAGUGCUACUUCCAAAGCUAAUCGACUUUUCUGCUCAGAUUGCAGAGGGAAUGGCGUACAUUGAGAGGAAAAACUACAUUCACCGGGACCUGCGAGCAGCAAACGUCCUGGUCUCCGAGUCGCUCAUGUGCAAAAUUGCGGAUUUUGGGCUUGCUCGAGUGAUUGAAGAUAACGAGUACACAGCAAGGGAAGGUGCUAAAUUCCCCAUCAAGUGGACUGCUCCAGAAGCAAUCAAUUUUGGAUGUUUCACUAUUAAGUCUGACGUGUGGUCCUUCGGAAUCCUCCUGUAUGAAAUCGUCACCUAUGGGAAAAUCCCCUACCCAGGGAGAACUAAUGCCGACGUGAUGACUGCCCUGUCACAGGGCUACAGGAUGCCCCGCAUGGAGAACUGCCCAGAUGAGCUCUAUGACAUCAUGAAAAUGUGCUGGAAAGAAAAGGCGGAAGAGAGGCCGACGUUUGAUUACUUACAGAGCGUCCUGGAUGAUUUCUACACUGCCACGGAAGGGCAGUAUCAGCAGCAGCCUUAGAGCGCAGGAAGACUCCAGCCGUUCGCAGGGACGGCUGCCUCACUGAAAAGAGAAAGUGUGAUCCCUGGUUGCACUAGUCACUCAUGUGCUGGGACUAUCGACCGUCCCUGCUCCUGAAAGUGAGGCUAAAUUACUCAGGAAGAACACUCUACACGUGGAAAAGUAUUCUCUUCUCAUAGGCCGAUGCCCAUGGUUUGCAGCUCGGAUGGCCCCCAGCUGGCCAUCUUGCUUUGCUAGACCAAGAUCUGAACACGAACUUCUGAGAAGAAAACACCUGUCCUAUCCAGAAUGCACCCACUGGGGCCCCUCGUUUACAACUGGUUGUGUGACUCGGAGAUUCAGGGGCCGUUUCAAUAAAUCCCCAACAGCAGCAGAACUAAACUCACUCAUAAAGAUAAAAUAACCAGAUGCCUAUCAUGACACUUCUUUCUAUUUUCUCUGUGCUUUGGCUGAUUUGUUAAAAAAAUUACUAAUCCAACCUGUUAGAUUUUGCAGGUAAAGUCAGAAGCUAAAAAAUGUCUUUCCAAGAUUUCAGUGAUUUCCCCUCCCCGAAAGUCUGAGACUGUUAAACAUUUUCCUUCCUUGGAGGCUGCUUGGAACCCCCGGAUGGGAAGCAGCAGCACUUUCCUGGUCUCUUCCCUGUCAACGCGUCACUUGUGAGCCUGCAGAGCUGCUGCGUUAAGCAAUGUGGAGCCCCCGACGGCCGGGCCCACCCAGAUCCCCCGGGAAAGAGAGCUGAGCCUCAGAAACUGCUCUCUCUUCCAAAGGGAUGUUUUUAAUGGUCCAGCUUUUCAAUUCCACCGUUUCCUACCUACAGACUUUUUUGACAGUGUAGUGUGGAAGAACAGCAAGAUUUAAUCUCUGCAGAACCUUCUAGGGCCUUAUAAAACUUAAGAAUUUUCUUUGUUGCUUCAGAUGAUUUGAACAUUAUUUUAAUGAUCAAGUAUUAAUUUUAGUUGUACUUUAAAAAGUAAAAAUGCCAUAUUUGGGGCUAUUUUCGUGAUUCAGCAAUCUUUUCUAAAUCAUGUAAGAUGUGUGUGAGACUAUUUAUACAAGAAUGUGAGGGAAAGGAAGUGACUUGAGGCUCCGAUGAGCCACUGUAGCAAGGGACACGAGAGGUCUUGUUUACUGAGCUUUCCUACUGUAAGCGCUGAAUGGGAGACGCUGUGGCACAUCACGUGUCACUCUGCUGUUGUGUAUAUAUCUAAUGUUUCUAUUUUGUGGUUUUAUUUUAAUACACCUGGCCCAGUAACGUCUCAA